AUGCAGCUGCAACCAGUCUCCUCGCCCAAAGAGCUCAUCUUCUCCAACUUAUGCGCCGUGUCCGCACAGGACAUAGGCCCGUCCCGAGAUGGAGGCGACGUACACAUUAUGAUCAAUGGGAAAUACGUCUUGUCGGCACGACCACAUCCACAAGUGCAGCGGGGUCAGAUUGGCUUGAACGACUUUCAGAGGACAUGGAUGCAAGUGGCCUUGACAGACAUUGUAGAGGUGGAGCAAUACGAUCCCUUUCGACAGGGCGCACAGAGCUACCUGGGGAAUAUGGAUAUCGAGCUGGGCUUUGCUGGUACGAGGCCUCAGCAGGCGCCACCCUUCGACCAGGACGAGCUCGCAGAUGCGGUGAUCAAGGUGUUCAGGAACCAGAUCUUCGCGCCGGGACAGAGCUUUGGGCUGGACUUCCGGGGAGGGCCAAAGCUGCGGCUGACGAUCAAGACAGUGGAGUUGGUUGAUCUAGCUUCACUCAAAGGCUCGGGCCAGCAACAGCAACAGACGCAUCCCCACGCGCGAGGCAUCUUGACGCCAGAAACACAGAUCAACUUCUACAAAGACGCAAAGUCACCCCUUCAGCUCAAAGGCUCAACGAGGAGACCUGCGGCCAACUCGGUCAUCAGACCGGACUUCAAGUUCGAGGACAUGGGCAUUGGAGGUCUAGACAAGGAGUUCAGCGACAUCUUCAGACGUGCUUUUGCCUCACGCAUCUUCCCUCCCGGAUUAGCCGAGAAGCUAGGGAUUCAGCAUGUUCGUGGUAUACUGUUGUACGGACCACCAGGAACGGGGAAGACGCUCAUCGCUCGACAAAUCGGCAAGAUGCUGAAUGCUCGGGAGCCGAAAGUCAUCAACGGACCCGAAGUCUUGAACAAGUAUGUUGGCCAGUCUGAGGAGAACAUUCGAAAACUUUUUGCAGAUGCGGAGAAGGAACAGAAAGAGAAGGGUGAUGAGUCGGGUCUUCACAUUAUUAUCUUUGACGAGCUCGACGCUGUAUGUAAGCAGCGUGGCUCAGGCGCUGGUGGUGGCACUGGCGUUGGAGACAGUGUGGUGAACCAGCUGCUCUCGAAGCUCGACGGCGUGGAGCAACUCAACAACAUCCUCCUCAUUGGUAUGACGAACCGUAAAGACAUGAUCGAUGAGGCACUCCUUCGGUCGGGACGUCUUGAGGUGCAUAUGGAGAUUAGCCUGCCUGAUGAGCCUGGACGAGCACAGAUUCUCAAGAUCCAUACGGAGAAGAUGCGAACCAACGGGAAGCUUGGGAGCGAUGUUGAUCUCGCCGAAUUGGCAAAGCAGACACGCAACUUCUCUGGCGCUGAGAUUAGUGGUCUUGUGAAAUCAGCGAGCUCUUUUGCGCUGCAACGACACAUCAAAGGUGGCACUGUCGCUGCGCUAUCGGACGACAUCAACGAAAUGCAGCUUCACAUGGCCGACUUUUUGGGUGCCCUGAACGAGGUCAAGCCACUAUUUGGUGUCAGUGAAGAAGUCCUCGAAGACUGUGUGGAAGGUGGCAUCAUUCAUUAUGGCCCUCAAGUUGACAAGAUCUUGAAGAACGGCCGCGAUUUCGUCGAGCAAGUUCGGACAGGCACAACCAGACUCCACUCUGUACUCCUACAUGGACCUCGUGGAAGUGGAAAGACGGCACUCGCUGCACAAAUUGCGCUGAACUCGCAAUUCCCCUUUAUCAAAAUGCUCCGCGCGGUGGACAUGGUCGGCAUGAACGAAAUCCAAAAAAUUCAACACUUGCAAAAAGCCUUCACAGACGCCUACAAGAGUCCCCUCAACGUCCUCAUCCUGGACAACAUCGAACUAAUCGUCGACUGGGUCCCCGUCGGCCCUCGCUUCAGCUCCGCAGUCCUCGCCGCCCUCAAAGCCCUGAUGGAGAAUCGGCCCCCAAAAAACCGUCCUCUCCUCAUCAUGGCCACGACCUCGGAGCGCACCGUCAUGCAACAACUCCAACUCGCCUUCAAAGCGCAAAUCCCCAUCCCCGCCCUCCAAUCUCAACAAGAACUGGCGCACGUCAUGCAGCACUCGGGACAAUUUUCGCAGCAGGAUAUCCAACGCGCCAUUUCCGAAAUCGAGCAGACCAUGUCCGGUUCGAAACAAAUCGGCGUGGGUGUGCAACAUAUUAUUUUGGCAAUACAAACUGCCAUGCAGGAUCGAGAGGAUCGGACAGGGAGGUUUGUGGAUUUGAUGUGUGAGUAUAUUAAUGAUGCUGCUGUGGUAUGA